AUGUCAUUCACCGGAACUUUGGAUAAAUGCAAAGCUUGUGAUAAGACUGUGUAUUUUGUGGAUUUGUUGUCUGCUGAUGGUACAACUUACCAUAAAUCCUGCUUCAAAUGCAGCCACUGCAAAGGAACUCUUGUGACAAGGGCACCAAGCAAACUCUCUGCUUUGUUCUCUGGAACCCUAGAUAAAUGUUCUGCUUGUAACAAAACCGUCUACCCAUUGGAAAAGGAUAACCGCAUUACCCACAUUUUACACACUCAAACAAACAAUAACCCCACCAUGGAUCCUAUCUCUAUACAGGUGACUAUGGAGGAAGAGUCAUACCACAAAACAUGCUUCAAAUGUGCUCAUGGAGGCUGUCCUCUCACACACUCAUCUUAUGCUGCUCUUGAUGGAAUUCUCUACUGCAAGCACCAUUUUGCUCAGCUAUUCAUGGAGAAAGGGAACUACCAGCAUGUCCUCAAGGCUACAACUCAUAGAAAAAGUGGUGUAGCACUUGUCGAACCCGAGUCCGCAGAGGCCGAGACAGAGCCCAAGCCCGAGCCCGAAUCAGAACAUGAACACACACAAGAGCAAUCCUAA